AUGUACAUACAUAAGUGGCUUGCAAGAGCACCUUGACGUUCCUAUUUGUUAUUUCUUAUUCCUCUUGAAUUUUAGUUUAGUUGUGCAAAAUUUUGUGAAUUUUUCCUCUUUUACCUUUAAUUUUGUGCCAAUAUUGAUGUUGAAAGUGAAAAGUGUAUGGAUAUGUUGUCACGAAAAAGCAAAGAUAAGUCCAUAAAGGAAGGAGUUGUUGGGAAAUAUGUGAAAAAAGAUACACCACCUGAUAUUCCAAUAAUAAAUGUUUGGACGACGGAGGAGACAAAGAAUAAGGCAAAGGCCAGAAGAAAUAGUCAGCAAUUGAGUGAGGCAAAUGUCUCGCAGAAUUUUGCCGGAAAUCGAGGGCAAAUGCCCAAUGCGGUAUUUACCAAUGGCAAGAAUUUGGCCACAAAGCCAUCAACGGGCUUGGGGCAUGAGGGAAAGUAUACGCCAAAUACCCAAAUAUCCAAUAUACCUCAGAGAAUGUCUCCGGGAUUGCCCACGACGAUGUCCAGUGGAGAUCCCAAUAGGAAUAAUUUUUCCAAUCUGUAUCAGAUGAUGCAGAGUGAGAAUGAUCGGAGGACUUCGACUCAAUCCAUUCUGGGUGCUUUGGGUGGGUAUCCGGUGCAACAGCAACAGAUUAGCAAUAGCAAUAGCCAUGGCAAUUAUGUGGAAAUUGAUGCAAUUGAUCAAUAUCGGAUGCAUUCGGACUAUCAGCAGCAAUUUCAGGGAAUGUCCAAUUUCUCUCGGCAAUUCUCCAUGAAUCAGAAUCAUGGACAAGCCUUCGAGGCACAAUCUGAGCCACAUUUGGCUCUGCACAAUUUUCCUGGAGGCGGAGGGGGAGCAGGAGGCAGUGGAAAUGGAGGAGAAUCAGGAGAGGGAAAAGGGCUAAAUAGCCUGACACCGCAUGCUUCACAGCAGCAACUCCAAUCCCAAUAUAAACUCUCAUCCAUGGCAAAAUCUUACAAUAGCGAUGGAUCACCAAUUUAUGAGAAUCAGCCUCAGCAAUCUGUGAAUAUGGGAAGGUCAGAAUCACCCAUUUACAGCAAUACCACGUCGAGUCUCUCUGUGUUCUAUCAGGAUCAGAAUAAUCCACCAGUGCCUUCGGUCUACUCCCACAUGAGGUACGGGACGAAGCCGGCUCAUCAGUCUAUCUACUCAAAUAUACCAGCAAACUCUCUUGGAUACUACGGAUCAAGUAUGGCUGUUAUUUCGGCGGACAAUCCGCUCUAUUCCAACAUUAGGGCCAUCGAUGUGACCAGCGGGAUGACCUACGGAGAACAGUUUCUCCACAACAAACGCCACAAUAUUUUAACACAAGUUUCUUCUCAGCAAAACCACGAAGAUGAACUACCUUUGCCUCCUGGCUGGUCAGUUCAUAAUACAUUGCGAGGGAGAAAGUACUACUUUGACCACAAUGCACAAACUACGCACUGGUCGCAUCCUCUGGAAAGGGAAGGUCUUCCCAUUGGAUGGCAGAGAAUAGAAUCACCCCAGUAUGGAAUUUACUACGUUAAUCACAUCACUCGUCAAGCUCAGUACAAUCAUCCGUGUUUGACAUCGUGCUAUCUCUACACAACUGCAACUGAGGCUCCGAGGGCUGUAAUUCCAGAGCCUCAGUUGGCAACUCAUGUUACUACCCAUAGUGCUCUAGUACCGGCCAAUCCUUAUCUGCUGGAGGAGAUUCCCUCCUGGCUGAUGGUCUACAUGAAGGCUGAUCCGGCAACAGAUCACAAACUCAAAUGGGAUAUGUUUGCUCUCAAUAAACUCGAGUGCUUUGACGGGAUGCUCAAUCGACUGUACAAGCAAGAACUGCAGAAUAUUGUGGCCAGGUAUGAAAAGUACCGUCAAGCCCUCGAUAUUGAGAUCAACCGGAGAUUACACUUGGGAACUAUCAUUGAAUAGUUUUGUGUCUGGGAUGUCUCAUACUUCAUGUUUCUAGGUAUUAUUAGGGUAAGAUUUUAUCUUACUCUCAAAGCUUUCAAACCUUCUAUCGCUUAAAGAGGAGAUACUCAAAAAGACUCAAUUUUUUUCGAGCAAAGCAUCAUGCAACAAAUGUAUAGAUAAAUUUUUUUGUGAUAUGUACAUAAUUUAUAGAAUUGUCUUUCAUUCAGUCAGCCUUAUUGUACUAUUGAUUUUAAAUAUAUAUAUUUUCAACUAUCAAA